UUUCAUCAAUCUCCUCUCCCCCCCCCCCCCUCUCUCUCUCUCUCUCUCUCUCUCUCUCUCUCUCUGCACUUAUUUUUCCCAUUCUAGAGAGUUCUCUUUGCUGUCUCCCCGUCUUCCCCGAGUCCGAUGGCGUCCGAUCUCGAGGGCAAGGCCAAGGCGGCGUUCAUCGACGACCACUUCGAGCUCGCCGUCGACCUCUACACCCAGGCCCUCUCCCUCAGCCCCAAGAAUGCCGAGCUCUUCGCCGACCGCGCUCAGGCCAACUUCAAGCUCCGCAACUUCACUGAGGCUGUUGCUGAUGCGAAUAGAGCAAUUGAACUGGAGCCUUCCAUGGCUAAAGCAUACCUUCGUAAAGGUAAUGCCUGCUUUGAGCUUGAGGAGUAUCAAACUGCCAAGGCAGCUUUCAAGUCAGGUGCUACUUUGGCACCAGGAGACUCGAGGUUCACAGGCUUGAUUAAGAAAUGUGAGGAGAAAAUUGCAGAGGAAUCUGGUGAUGUAGUUGAGAAGCCGUUGGAAAAAGCUCCAACUAGUGUUGUUCCCCCAGUUGUUCAGCCUGGGAAGGGAUCUUUACCCCAGGAGGUUCCAGUGACACCCAUCAGAUCUAGAUACAGACAUGAAUUCUACCAAAAGCCAGAGGAAGUGGUGGUGACCAUAUUUGCAAAGGGAAUUCCUGCUAAGGAUGUAACUGUUGAUUUUGGGGAACAGAUUCUGAGUCUCAGCAUUGAUGUUCCUGGUGAAGAACCUUAUCAUUUUCAACCUCGGUUAUUUGGAAAGAUAAUACCCGAUAAAUGCAGAUGCAAUGUCUUGUCUACCAAAGUCGAAAUUCGUCUAGCUAAAGCUGAAUCCAUUCAGUGGACUUCUCUUGAGUUUAGCAAGGAAAAUGCCGUUGCUCAAAGAGUCAAUGUAUCUUCAGAUGCUGGAACUCAUAGACCCUCUUACCCAUCAUCAAAACCAAAGAGAGUGGACUGGGAUAAGCUUGAAGCCGAAGUGAAGAAGCAGGAGAAGGAAGAAAAACUCGAUGGAGAUGCAGCUUUGAACAAAUUCUUCAGGGACAUCUAUCAGGAUGCUGAUGAGGACACAAGGAGAGCAAUGAGGAAAUCUUUCGUGGAGUCGAAUGGGACUGUGCUGUCCACCAACUGGAAAGAGGUUGGGUCGAAGAAGGUGGAAGGGAGCCCUCCUGAUGGAAUGGAGGUGAAGAAGUGGGAAUAUUAGGGAGGCUUGUCUGGUUUAAAUUCUCUUGUAACUGUACUGAGUAAGAUGCGAUUUUCGACAUUGGACAAGUGUUUGGCCUCUCUUCGCUUUCUUUCUCUAUUAUUAUGCUAAGUCAUACUUUCCUUUGCAAUACUUGUGUGAAUAUUUUGGAUUUUACUGCUGCAAUGUGAAGAAGUAGAAUGAAUCUUCUGUUUUAUAAUCGGGGCAAAGCAUAUGCUUUUACCUGUUCUGACUAUAUGAAUUCUGGUGGCCCGGUAAGGAAGGUAUCACCAAUCUGUGUUUAAGUCUGAAUGAUUAAAGAACAUUUCCAG